AUGUCCAAGACGGCUGGCUUGGAGAAGCUUCGACCCUGUGGUAUCACCACCACGGAUGUAUCCCCUAUCGAAUUGAAAGGUUUCAUUUGGCAAGCUUUGCACAAAGUCAUUGCGCGACAUCCGGCACUCAGCAUCAUCGUCCUGAAAGAAGACCAGCAAGACGCUGAAGUCCACUUUGCACGGCUUCCCUCGAUCGAUUUAGAGACUUGUGUCGAAUUCAUCGAGCAUAAGCACGUUGUCACAGCGGGUGACAGAGACGAAGAGCUCGAACUACUUCUUCAAGACCAGCACAGAAUCAAUUUUCGAGACGAUAUCGGUUCCCGGCCGUUCUGGCGUCUCCUCAUACUGCAAAAUCCAGGAAAUCAAUCGACGUUCACAGCAGCAUGGUUCUUCCACCACGCUCUCGGCGACGGAGGAUGCGGCCCUAUCUUCCAUCGCACUUUCCUCGAGGCUCUCCGAAGUAAUGCGUCAUUACCCCCAGGGACCGAGUUAACAUCUACUGUCACACCUCCCUCAACUCCACUUCUCCCAAAGUUCGAAGACCUCCACCCGCACCCCCUCUCCUGGCCAUUCUUCCUCCGCGCAAUUCUAGGCUCCAUAUUCCCCUCUUUCUUCGACCCUCGCGCUCCAAAACUAUGGACCGGUCCGCCCGUCACCGCUCCCAAUCCCCUUCCCGGCUCAAAAGUCCAACUCUUACCGCUCUCUGCAUCGAUCACAACGCACCUCCUCAAACUCAGCAGAGAAAAUAACACAACUAUGCAAGCCACGCUCGAAUGCUGCAUCGCCUCUGCUUUAUUCUCUGUCCUUCCCGCGGAAAGAUACGACAAGGUCAUCGCCUCCAGCCCCAUCAGUCUGCGCUUCAUCCUCCAACACGAAGGCAAACCCAUCGGAAACGACGACUUCGUCCUCGCGCUAGCAGAUUACUCGCACACGCACACGCGCGCCUCGCACCCAUCUUCUAACGAAAAGUUCCCGUGGGAGGAAGCGCGUGCUGUGCGUGCCACCAUUCAGGCCAAAGUCGCGAAGAAAGGUGCGGAUAACGCCGUAUCGCUGCUGCGCUAUGUAUCCGAUAUGCACAAAUUCUUCACCGAAAAGGUCGGCCAGGAGCGGAAGGUAUCGUUCGAGUUGUCAAAUCUCGGGUUGGUGAGGGCGGAGGCGGGGACUGAAAACGAGUGGAAACUGGGGAGGUGCGUGUUCAGCCAGAGUCCGAAUGUCACUGGGCCGCCGAUCUGUUGCUCGGUGGUCACUGGAGGUGACGGCUGCUGCGUGUUAGCGUUUUCGUGGUUGGAGGGUGUGGUUGAGGAUGAGAUGGUCACGGCGGUUGUGGAUGGUGUGGAGAAGCAAAUACAGUGUUUACUUGGUGAGAAAGACUAG